AUGGAGUGGGAUCCUAGUCGCUUCUUUCGUGUGUCAGGGAGUCCGUCUCCGUACGCUCUGCUCAUCCUCAAUCAGCCUAUCAACGAGAACGCAUUCGGAGUAUUAAGCCACUAUGCAUCUUAUAUUAUUUGUGCCGAUGGCGGCGCCAAUCGACUAUACGACAUGAUGAAAUUGAACGGGAAAGAAUCGAACGAUCCCCCAAACGCCAUUAUCGGCGACUUGGACUCUAUUCGACCAUCAGUGAGAGAGCAUUACGAGAAACUCGGAGUAUCAGUCAUGGAAGACCCAGACCAAUACUCAACAGACUUCACGAAAUGUCUAAAAUACCUCAACGCACACGCAGCAGAGAUCAUUGCUUCUCCCCGAACAAACGACUCAGCCAAAGCCAAAGCCAAAGCCAAAGCAAACGGCAGAACUAGAUCGAGCAAGACUAAAGAUCCUUACCCAACGCCACCCGUCCAAUCAAACGACUCACCCCUGGAGAUUGUAAUCCUAGGUGGUCUCGGCGGCCGCGUUGACCAGGCGUUUUCUCAAGUUCACCAUUUAUACAUGAUGACCCAGACGCAAUGUACGAUCCGCGAGAAUGAGAGCAAAACCAUACCUGCGGAUUCAAGUGCGAAACCUGCAGCUGGUGGGAACCUUUACCUUGUCUCCGAGGAAAGUAUUACGUUCAUUAUUCAGACUGGGAAGAAUAUAAUCCACACGCCUGCGACCAGACGAGCGGAUAUUACGACCGAGUCGCCGAAGAAGCGGAAGCGGGGUGAAGAAGACGAACCGGAAUACUUCUUCGAGGAGAAUAUCGGGAUUAUUCCGCUUUCGGCGCCUGCUUCGAUAACGACAAAAGGCUUUGAGUGGGAUGUCGAGAAUUGGCAUACGGAAAUUGGCGGACAGUUAUCCACGAGCAACCAUAUCCGCGCGGAUAAAGUGGAAGUUGAGACGUCGGUGCCCGUGUUAUUUACGGUUGAGUUGGCGACGAGGCUGAAGAGACGAUCAUGA